AUGGCCGAAGAAAAGAUGCAGCUAGAAGACUGGUUGGACGACCUGUGUGUUCGCUUCAUCAUCAACUUGCCUGAAGAAGACCUGUCGUCCGUUGCACGCAUUUGCUUCCAAAUCGAAGAAGCACAAUGGUUCUACGAAGACUUCGUCCGCCCGCUCGAUCCCACGCUCCCCUCCAUGACCCUUAGAAGCUUCAGUCUCCGCAUCUUCCAGCAUUGUCCGCUGUUGGCGCCGUUUUCGGUCGAGAACCACACGAAAGCCUUUGAAGAAUUCUUGCAGUACAAGACGAGAGUACCCGUAAGGGGAGCCAUUCUGCUCAAUGAGGCAAUGGAUUCGACUAUAUUGGUUAAGGGCUGGAAGAAGGGAGCAAACUGGAGUUUCCCUCGUGGAAAGAUCAACAAGGACGAAGAUGAUCUUGAAUGCGCCGUUCGCGAGGUCUACGAGGAAACCGGCUACGACUUGCACGCCGCUGGCCUGGUUCCUGAGAACAGAGGUGACGUCAAAUAUAUCGAGGUCACCAUGAGAGAGCAGCAACUGAGGCUCUACGUUUUCCGCAACGUACCAAUGGACACUCAUUUUCAGCCGCGGACGAGGAAAGAGAUCAGCAAGAUUCAGUGGUACAAGCUCUCUGAGCUUCCUGCGUUCCGGAAGAAGGGGAACCAGCCCCAGAAUGAUGCCACUGCUGCUGCCAACGCCAACAAAUUCUACAUGGUCGCACCUUUCCUAGUCCCUCUCAAAAAAUGGGUUGUGCAACAGAAAAGGAAGGACGCCGUCAAGGCUGCCAACGAGGCGCAUUUCAACCCCUACUCGCUUCAUGAGGAGCCCGUCACCGAGGACGAUGUUUGGCAGACGGAACCUACCACCGAUGUUUCGAACCGAACGCCGGGUAUCGACACCCUCGAGGGUGCAACGCAGGAACUGCAACGACUUUUGAAAGUCCAGCCAACGGCCGCACAGGUAGCUUCGAAGCCUGCAUCCCCAGAUGUGGGCUCGGACAAGGGCGCGUCGUUGCUCGCUAUUCUCCAGGCCAAGAACCAGGCUGCUACUCAGCUUCCUCGGACGCCCCUCGAUCACACCACCAGAGAGGCAUCGCAACCACACAGUCCUCACGGCCAGCACCACCCCAAGCAACGGGCGCCUCUGGAAAGCUACCAACCUCCGCCAGGCUUCCCCGUCGUGCCAGACGGAACACCGCAGUCGUGGGCAUUUGGUCAGCCUGGCAAGACUGAGCCGGUUCUCUCUCAAGCCAGACAUCAUGAUUCGCCGGUGAUGGGUGCCCCUGCGUACAUGCCGCAGCCGCCAUUGAGGCACCCGCAACCCCUGCCUCCCCAAGUCCAACAGACUCUCUUGGGCAGAGGCGGGUUUGCUGACACUACCCCACCACCGCCCCCUAAGCACGCGCAGGGAACUGUUAACCAGUCCAUGGCCAAUGCGCAGUUCCAGCACGCGCAUAUUCAACACCAAAACCAGAACUUGUUGUAUCAAACUAAGCCUCCUAGCAGUCAACUCUCCAACCACUCGAUGGCGCUGUUGGGAGUUCUCAAGUCAGAGACGAGAUCAAACAUCCCAGAAAGCACUCAACAUACUGGCCCGCAGCCAUUCGGAGCCACAACCUCGGAGCAUGGUCAGCAAUUUGGCGGUAUUCAUGGGCAUGGAGGUGCUCAGGUGUAUAACCAACUGCCUCAUUUGCCACUUUCCAACGGCGGGCCCGCACAGCACCAACACAGCCCAGGCAUAAACUCGCGCGUUCAACAGCCCGGUGACCCGGCGCAUAGAUCUACUCUCUUACAAAUGUUCAAGAAACCUGAAAUCAGCUCGCCGCCUGCAAACCAGCUCGCUGAGCUGCCUGCAAAUACCGCAAGCGCCGCUCUCAUGAAGGGUAUAUCAAUGGUCAAAAACGCCAAUCAGGGCACCCUUAGCCCCAUUAUUCAGAACCGUGGGACUCUGCCCAUUUCGAGUAGUCCUCUUAGCAGACCCCCUCAGGGCGUCUCAGACCUUGCCUCGCAACUUCCUCUCCAAUCCCUCUCACUUCAAACACAAACUGGCAGACACGAAGAUCGAAGCCCUCAGCCUAUUGGGGAAUAUAGCUCAGGGAACCUUGAUGGCAGGGUUCCGUAUCACCAAGGCAUGAACAACCACGCCGUUACUUACAGCCACCAGUCGCCACAGAUUCUUCAACGAGCGGAAAACUUGAACAAGCCAGGUGGACCUCGGGCGCCUGCUAUGGCCUCGAUAUUUGGUGCAGCUGACGUGGACAAGCCUGCUAGCCUGGCCAGCCCUCCCGCGGCGUCAGCUCUUCCGGCGCCUGACUCUCUGCAGCAGAAGCCACAAAUGUCUACAGAGCAGAGACAGAAGCUUCUCUCGCUUUUUGGCAAACCUCAGUCGCCAAACCCUGGUCCUGUAUUUGGUCUGGAAGACAAGGGAAAGGCCAGGGAGAUAGCGCCAUCUGACGGCGCCAUGCGUUCGCGGGUGGCGUCUCUUGCCUCUGCAAGCGGACAAGGUGCCCCGGAUGGCUUGUCCGAGGCCCGUCGCGGCAGCCAAACCCCAAUAUCUCCAGCGGACCGGAGUUUCUUGCUCGGCUACCUAGCAUCAGUGGCAAAUAAUGCCAAGUAG